AAGGCAAGAUGAAUUUCAAUCUCCGACACCGUGUCGUGCCCACUUUGAUCCAUCAAAACUCAAAAUUGUCAAGUCCAAGUGCAAUACUUGGCUAUUUGUUUAUGAUCUCUAUACGUACGUUCAAAUGGAUCUAUGCGGGUCUAUGGAUGUCUCGGGUAUGCUUUGCGUUUCUUGGAACUGGGUACAUUCACCCAGAUGAACACAUGCAAAAUGGAGAAGUGACCUCAGGCGAUCUCAUACCAUACCAUACCAUCCGUACUUGGGAAUGGUCCGCUGCACUUCCCGUCCGCUCCAUAGUACCAGCAUUUGCGACAACUGGAAUCCCCGUCUGGUUUGCUAAGUUCUUCAGCAAUACACGCUUGACACAGGGAAUACAUCCAAUGUUAAUCUUUCGACUAGAACGGUCCGCCUUUUUGGUUCUAUCUGGGCUGAUUGAUUACAGUUUUAUGAGUUUGGUGCCCACGCCGGGUGCCCGACACCUUGGUCUUCUGCUUCUGGCGUCGUCUCAUGUUAUGAACACGUUCCAAGUCCGGCCCUUCUCGAAUUCUAUCGAGGCAGUCCUCGUUGCUUUGAGUCUUUUGUUCUUGCGUAAGAUAAGCUCAGUUAAGACGCUGGAUAAGAGUUAUCUUCUCCACUUACUAGCCGCAACCUUCGUGACUGGUAUAUUCACUCGCCCAACCUUCUUGAUAUUCGGAGCGCCCAUCGCAUAUCAGCGGCUGCGGCUUGUUGUCCCGCCGUUAUUCACUGCAGCAGGGACAUGUACCGCAUUUUUUGUAGCGGACACCCUCUAUUUUCGAGGCACCCUUAAUGAUAUCGUGGUGACACCUUUUAAUUUUCUCAUGUAUAAUUUUGCACCCCAAAAUCUGGCAGAACAUGGUCUCCAUCCGCGUUGGCUCCACCUUUUCGUGAACCUUCCGAUGUUGUUCGGCCCCUGGGUAACUUGGCUGGCGGUGCGCGCGAUUAUGGAUAGUGCCACAAUAUUUGACAAGAAAAAUGACAAAUCAUUUGAAGUCUAUGUUCUUCGUCCGACAAUCAUACAAAUGAUCAUUUUGUCAUUGACUGUCCUCUCUGUGCAACCUCACCAAGAACCUCGUUUCUUGGUGCCUCUUUUGUUGCCUAUUAUUGUCUUGAUAGCAAACACCGGACGAUUGGCCCAUGUCGGUAAGGCGUUUUGGGUAUCCUGCUCCAUCUUCAAUUUUGUGCUCGCAGUUCUAUUUGGAAUUCUGCAUCAAGGAGGCGUAGUGCCUUCCCUAUUCCACCUCCAUUCUGUAAUUGCUGACGCUUCCCUCGGUACACGGACAAAUAUAAUCUACUGGAAGACGUACACACCACCGCUCCACUUCCUUGGCAUGUCUCAAUCUGGCUUAAUUUCUUUCGUCGAUCUCGCUGGGGCGUCCCAAGAUAACUUCGCUGCGUCCCUCAGUGCUAGUGAUUACGACAGAACAUUCGUCGUGACCCCCGUGGCCAUGCAACACACGUUACCCCCUACAAUCACGGGCUGUAUGGAACUAAACAAGUCCAUCUUCCCGCAUCUUGACCUCGACCACAUUUCGGAGAGCAUAGAUACAGGCGUACUUGACGGCCUUCGUUUAGGGGUGUAUACCUUGUCACCUAACUGUGUCUUUGUUUGAACAUGUCUUAUAAUCACUCAGCACGAUCUGAACAUUAUUUUUUUGGCGAUUUGUAAACGGUGAGCCUAGCACCGUGCCGUAGUGUAAUAGAAUAAUUCAACCACAUCGCAAUAUGAGAC